AUGUUUUAAACCCAACAUAUGCAUGACAGGGAAUUUGGUAACGGCAACGGCUACAGCAACGGCAACGGCUACACCAACGGCAACAGCUACACCAACGGCAACGGCUACACCAACGGCAACGGCUACAGCAACGGCAAUGGCAACGUUAAUGGAAACGGAGAAGCUAACGGAGCGAAGGUGAUAAAGAUGAAACCAAUGGACAGUGAGUUGCUGAGAGAGCAAGGUCACAUAAUGGUUGAUUUUAUUGCUGAUUACUACAAAAAUCUUCAAGACUCGCCUCAAGAUUUUCCUGUUCUUUCCCAAGUUCAGCCUGGUUAUCUUCGUGACAUGUUGCCUGAUUCAGCACCUGACCAACCUGAAUCGUUGAAAGAACUUCUCGAUGACGUUUCGAAGAAGAUAAUGCCGGGGAUAACUCAUUGGCAAAGCCCGAGUUACUUUGCGUACUAUGCAUCAAGCACCAGUGUGGCCGGAUUCUUGGGAGAGAUGCUCAACGCCGGCCUGAGCGUCGUCGGUUUCACUUGGCUCACUUCUCCUGCCGCUACUGAGCUGGAAAUCAUCGUUCUUGAUUGGCUUGCAAAAUUGCUACAACUCCCUGACCAUUUUCUCUCGACAGGAAAUGGAGGAGGAGUGAUCCAAGGGACAGGAUGUGAAGCAGUGCUUGUGGUAGUGUUAGCUGCUAGAGACAGGAUUUUGAAGAAAGUUGGCAAAACAUUACUUCCUCAACUUGUUGCCUAUGCCUCUGACCAAACCCAUUCUAGUUUCCGAAAGGCUUGUCUGAUUGGUGGAAUACAUGAAGAAAACAUUAGGCUGCUCAAAACUGAUUCUUCCACGAACUAUGGAAUGCCUCCAGAAUCACUUGAAGAAGCUAUUUCUCAUGAUCUCGCUGAGGGUUUUAUCCCUUUCUUCAUUUGUGCUACUGUUGGCACAACGUCUUCAGCGGCGGUUGAUCCUUUGGUCCCAUUGGGGAAAAUUGCAAAGAAAUACGGGAUAUGGAUGCACGUAGAUGCAGCUUAUGCAGGGAAUGCGUGUAUAUGUCCAGAAUAUCGAAAAUUUAUUGACGGGAUUGAAAACGCAGACUCCUUUAACAUGAAUGCUCAUAAAUGGUUAUUUGCUAAUCAAACUUGUUCACCUCUUUGGGUUAAGGAUCGAUACUCUCUCAUCGACGCUCUCAAAACAAAUCCCGAGUAUCUAGAAUUCAAGGUUUCUAAGAAAGAUGCGGUCGUGAAUUAUAAAGAUUGGCAAAUUUCUCUCUCUCGGAGAUUCAGAUCGUUGAAGUUAUGGAUGGUUUUACGGCUCUAUGGUUCAGAGAACUUGAGAAAUUUUAUAAGAGACCACGUCAAUCUCGCUAAGCAUUUUGAAGAUUAUGUAGCUCAAGAUCCACAUUUUGAGGUUGUCACUACUCGAUACUUUUCACUCGUUUGCUUUCGCCUUGUGCCUGUUGACGGCGACGAAGAGAAGUGUAACGAACGGAACCGUGAACUGCUCGCCGCCGUUAACUCCACCGGCAAGAUCUUCAUCUCUCACACGGCUCUAUCGGAUAAAUUCAUUUUACGAUUUGCUGUUGGUGCACCGUUAACGGAGGAGAAGCAUGUCACUGAAGCAUGGCAGAUCAUACAGAAACAUUCCUCCAAAUUUACCUGCAACGGCCAUUAUUAAGAAUAUAUCAAAAGAAACCCACUAUCUUUUUAUUUCGCUCAAUAAAGUCCUCUAUCUUCAACGAUUUCCGAUGGAAGGGCCAUUUUUAUAAUAUUUGUUGAAUUUGGAUUAAUAAAAAUUGUCUUUACUUUUCAUGUGUGGACAAUCAUUCGAUAUCACCACUAUAUAUUGAGAGGUACGAAAUUAUCGGGAUUGGGUAUGAGAUUAGUUUAUUGGA